AUGCGGUUCGCCUCCCCAACCAUCACACAGACACGGUUAAACUCGACCAAUAGAGACGGUCCACGAACUCCGAUCAGAUAUGUUGAGUCUGUCCAGCCAUCCAGGGCGGACCAAGCCCGCCUGCAAAGGCAAGAACGCCGACGUCAGUAUAUGAGCGACGGCCCUGUACCGAAGACCACCGUGUAUGUCGGCAACCUGUUCUUCGACGUGACCGCGGAGGAUCUGCGCAAGCAUUUUGAGAAAUACGGCGCCGUGGAGAACGCACUGAUUGUGCACGAUGCCCGCGGGCUGAGCAAAGGUUUCGGGUAUGUUACCUUCAGCACUAUCGAGGAAGCCACGCACGCAAUCACGCAACAACACGGAGGCAUUCUGGAAGGUCGCGAGGUGGUGGUGCAGUUCUCCAACACGGUCUACAGAAGCAUGGCCGACAGCAAGCCCAGCCAAACCCUCUACAUCGGAAACGUCCCCUAUGAAUUGACGGACCAGGAUUUGCAGGAUUUGCUGGCUGAUCUUCACGGUGUCAAAGAUGUCCGCAUCCCCGUCGACCGUCGCACGGGCUUGCCGCGUGGAUUCGGACACAUCGACUUCGCCGACCAGAGCAAUGCUUCCCACGCCAAGGAAGUUCUCUCUCGUAAGGAGCCUUACGGCCGCAAGCUAGUUGUCAGCUUUGCUAAGCGCAAGGUCUUGUCGCCCGAGGACCUCCAGCGUCACCAGCAAAAGAGGUUGGAGAACAAGAAACCCUUCAACCAGCGCUCGGGUGCUCAGAGUAAUGUCGAGUCAUUCUCGGCUGUGAGGGAGCCCGAGGUGCGCGAAGUGCGGGAGGUAAAUGAGAUUGGGGAGGUUACUGAGGUGAAAGAGGCUGAGCAGGUGGUCGAGCAGACUGAGACCGAACAGAAGCAGUAG